UUCUAAUAGGUAGGAAAAUAUUGAUCAUAAGAAAAGCAGCAGGCAACGUCGUGUAACAGAUACGUAGACAACAUUUUAGUCCAGAGAAAUUGUGCAGUAGAGUGUCAACAAUGUUUAAUCUAUUAUUGUUCUUUGACAUAGUAUUCUUAUUUUUAUUUACGUAUUCAGAGACCAAAAUUCUUCAAGGACGCCUAGUUACACGCGAAAAUUGGGCAUUUUUAGCGAGGUUCUGCUUUUUGACGGAACAAGGCACGUUUCGGUACGAAUUUCAGUUCGGAAACGAAGAAAAUGAUUUAAAAAUACUGUUAUAUUAUGAUGCACCUGAUCAAUGGCAAAGUAUUUAUCCCUCAAACAAAAGUUGCAUCGAGAAGGAAGCUAUACUUUGGGAUGGAAUUGGUCAGAUAGUACCGUUAUCAACAUCAUUGCCGACAAAAUCAGGAUGCGUUGAAGAAGACGCGGUAAUACGAUGCUCUAAUUACCGAAGAUUUCGAUCAUCUCGUCCGAGAUGGUGGUUCAUCGCGUUAGCAGAUUGCUCCUUAAAAACUGGAUUGAACGUCUCAUAUUGGAUAUCGCUAACCAAUGCGCCGCAUGGCAGUUUUUGGAGAGAACAUUUUUCAGCAGAUCAAUUCUAUAUACUGCCAGAGUUGAUAGUAAUUAGUUUCAUUUAUGUUAUACUUGUAAUAUUAAGUUUGUAUAUAGCCAUGCAAUUACGGGCAAGAAGACUUCUACACGUUUCUUAUAAAAUAUUUGUAGCUUCUUUGCUUUGUCAAUUAGCGGGAAUACUAUUUGAGAUUUAUAGCUAUACUAUUCUUGGUUUAAGAGGAAUUGCAAUAGAAAAUGUUUCCUUAAUGGGCCAACUGUUGGAAGCAUGUUCAGAUAUUUUGUAUACCAUACUUAUGUUACUACUUGCGCUUGGUUUUACUGUAACUAAAAGUACUUUAACGCCAAGACAAACUCGAUGGCUUAUAUGUUUCGCCUGUCUCCAUUCUUUCUGUCAAUUUUCAUUAUAUAUAUAUCAAUACGAUGUGUUUGAUCCUGGAUUGGUAUUGUAUAUUUAUGAAUCACCUCCAGGUUAUAUGCUAAUAGCAUUAAAACUUAUAGCAUGGGUCAUUUUUUCUCUUCGUUGCCUUAAGACGAUUAAAAAAAUGUCAACAAAGCUUCAUUUUUAUGGUUCAUUAUUUUCUUUGGGAUCAGCAUGGUUCCUGUGUCAUCCGCUAACGGUACUCUGCAUUACUUUAUUAGUAGAUGAAUGGGUUAGAGAAAGCGUUGCUAAGGGAUGUUCGUUAUGGAUUGUUUUUAUGGGACACGUAAUAUUUUUGUACAUCACCCGACCAUCUAUGGCUAACAAACGUUUUCCAUUUCACAUUAGAACGUGUCAGGUUAUGCCAAUUGGUGACGAGGGUCAGGACCACAGUUACGAACCACAAUUUAGAACAGCAUCUUCUGCAUUUACCGCUUCGCAUCUACCACCAUCUACUUCACGAUUUUAAG